AGACAUUUCCAACCCACCAAGACUUGACUUCCACAGACCAAGACGCAACGCAACAAUGACACCCACAGCAAUCGAAUCCGCCACCAUGGCUUCCCCCGAGAACGCCACGAAACAGAACGGCUCUGUCCCGACCAAGCGCCACGAGGAGUAUCAAUACCUUGACCUCGUCCGUGAGAUCCUCGAGGAGGGCGAACACCGGCCAGACAGAACCGGCACCGGAACCUACUCCAUCUUCGCACCAACUCCUCUCAAAUUUUCCCUCAACAAGGACGGCGAGCCUCUGCUUCCCCUCCUCACCACGAAGCGCGUCUUCCUCCGCGCCGUCAUCGCCGAGCUGCUGUGGUUCAUUGAAGGCAACACAUCCUCUCUCGCUCUGAGCGAGGCGGGCGUCAAGAUCUGGGACGGCAACGGCUCGCGGGAGUUCCUAGACAGCGUCGGCCUCGCGCACCGCGAGAUCGGCGACCUCGGCCCCGUGUACGGCUUCCAAUGGAGGCAUUUCGGCGCCGAGUACGUCGAUUCCAAGACGGAUUAUACGGGCCAGGGUGUCGACCAGCUCGCUGAAGUCAUCCACAAGCUCAAGACAAACCCCUAUGACCGCCGCAUCCUCCUGAGCGCGUGGAACCCCGCCGACCUGAAGAAGAUGGCCCUCCCCCCAUGCCACAUGUUUGCGCAGUUCUACGUUUCGUAUCCACGGGCCCGUGGCACCAGUACGCAAGAGAAGACCAAGGGCCAUCUGCACUGCCAGCUGUACCAGCGGUCCUGCGAUAUGGGCCUCGGUGUGCCCUUCAACAUCGCCAGCUACGCUUUGCUGACGCAUAUGAUUGCGCGCGCGUGCGACCUCGUCCCCGGCAGCCUGACGCACGUCAUGGGCGACGCGCACGUCUACGCCGACCACGUCGAUGCACUCAAGGUGCAGCUGGAGCGCGAGCCCAGGGAUUUCCCCCUAUUGGAGAUCAACAAUAGGGAUGCCGGGUGUAGCAUUGACGGAUGGAAGGUUGAAGACUUUGUGGUCAAGGGAUACGACCCGCAUAAGACGAUUGCCAUGAAGAUGUCUGUGUAAGAGACGAAGGGCCCAUGCGCCAGGGAGUGGGAUUCACUUUUUUCUUUCUUUUUUGGUCUGAUAUUAUCGUGUUGUCAUUAGACACUGGGAGUUGGGAUCUGGACUUGCAUUAAUGAGGUGUCACACACAUCAACCUGAUGGCAUGAAUAUGAGAAGAGAGAGCAUUGCAUUGGGACAGUGGUGACUUGGCGGCAUCAGAAAGAUAGACUUGCACACGCCGACAUUGAAAUACUUAUUGUAGGGUGUGUCUUUUACUUGUCUCAUUUCCUAUUGAUCACUUGUUAGCAAAGAUAUUCAGAUUCAGCCCUCGACGUGACCGA